CCGCCCAGAGGAGGCGGCGCCCGCCGGGGCCCGGCCCGGGGGCAGGGCGGCAGAGCGCCGGGAGGAGGAGGAGGCCGGGCGGGGGAGAACCGGCGUGGCGAGCCUCACGCUCAGCACGGCGCUGCGGGAGCGACAGGGUCCCGGCGGGGACGGGAGGAGGGCGCGGGUCCCGGUCCCGCAUUCCCGGCCCGGCCUCGCGGUCACGUGCGGCCCCGGAGCGCCUCCCCGCGCGGCCCCGCCCCGGCAGGGAGGCGGCGGCGGGGGUUAACCCGUGGCGGGGCGGCGCGGGUGGAGCGGAGCAGAGCAGGAAGCGCCCGGGGAGGGAGGCGGGAGAGGCGGCCGUGCUCCGGAGGAGGAGGAAGGGGGUUGGGAGCCCGGCCGCCGUCGCCGCCUUCGCCUCUUCCUUCCGCCCGCUGCACGGAGCGAGGCGCGCGGGAGGCACCUGUCACAGCCGCCAGGGCGAGCGCGGCGUCCUCCGCGGAGAGAGGCGGCGGCGGCGGCGGCAGGAGAGGCCCGGUACAGCUCAGCGGGCCCGGCGUGCAGAAGGCUGCGGAGAUGAUGCCGAUGAUAUUAACUGUGUUUCUGAGCAACAAUGAACAGAUUCUGACAGAAGUUCCAAUUACACCAGAAACAACCUGUCGCGAUGUAGUGGAGUUCUGCAAAGAGCCUGGAGAAGGAAGCUGCCAUCUGGCUGAAGUAUGGCGUGGAAAUGAGCGCCCCAUACCCUUUGAUCACAUGAUGUAUGACCACCUGCAGAAGUGGGGGCCCCGCAGGGAAGAGGUGAAAUUCUUUCUUCGUCAUGAAGAGUCACCAGCUGAAAGCAAUGAGCAGAGUGGACGUCAAGUGCAAAAUCAAAGAAAUGGCAUAAAUAUACCUGUGGAGAAAAGAACAGAGAAUGGGGUUGGCAAUCCACGUGUCGAGCUCACUCUUUCUGAACUGCAAGAUAUGGCUGCCCGACAACAGCAACAGAUUGAAAACCAACAGCAAAUGUUGGUUGCUAAGGAACAACGUUUGAGAUACCUGAAGCAGCAAGAGCGUCGCCAGCAGCAGUCUGUUUCUGAGAGUGAAAAGCUUCAAAAACUUAAAGAACGUGUUGAAACCCAAGAGACAAAGCUGAAAAAAAUCCGUGCCAUGAGGGGACAAGUGGACUACAGCAAGAUGAUGAAUGGCAAUUUGUCUACUGAAAUUGAGCAUAUAAGUGCCAUGUUCCAGGAAAAGCAGCAGGAGCUGCAGGCUGCAGUGUUAAAAGUGGAUCAACUCACUCAGCAACUGGAUGAUUUAAGGAAAGGGAAACUGAAUGGGUUUCAGUCUUACAAUGGACAAAUGACAGGGCCUGCAGCAGUAGAAUUAAAGAAGUUGUAUCAAGAGCUACAGAUCCGUAACAGGCUUAACCAGGAGCAGAACUCCAAGCUCCAGCAGCAGAAAGAACUCCUAAACAAACGCAAUAUGGAGGUGGCCAUGAUGGACAAGCGAAUCAAUGAGCUGCGCGAACGUCUGUACAAGAAAAAAGUUGAGUUGAAUCGUAUUAAUGGAACUUCAUCGCCCCAGUCAUCCCUGAGUGCCUCAGGAAGGGUGGCAGCAGUAGGACCUUACAUCCAAGUUCCCAGUGCUGGCACUUACACUGUACCAGUAGAUCCAGUUAAGCCACAGUCUCUCACCAUUGCUCCUAACUCAACGCAUGGAAGAUCAAAAUCUGAGACAGACUGUGGGUGUGUGAAAAAAUCUCCAGACACCUGGAAGGUUUCUGAUUUAGACAUAAUAGUGGAUCCUAUUCUGUCACCUCCCACUUCUCUUCAGUCUGCUGUUCACAAUGUCAUCCGCCUGGCACCUACUCUGUUUGACACCCAGCACUCUAAUGAUGGAAAUUGGCCGAUACUUAAACAGAGUUCAGCCCCUGUGGUAAAACCCCCUCAGAUCUCCAACACAGACUGGAAAGAAUCGAGCAUGGAUACUGCUUUAAAACAAGGAACUAUAUCCAGCCAGCCUUUGCCAACUUCAGUAUUAGGAAGUACUGAUAAGCUGGGUCUUGACCUGGGGAAGGUGCCACCAACAGUUCCUGGUGUAAGCAAGCAGUUGCCUCAGAACUAUGGGACCUAUCCAAGCCCAGUUCCAUUAGGAACAGGUUCUACAAACUCUCUAGAAAGAAGGAAGGAUGGCAGCCUGCCCAGACCUGGCACCAGCAUAGCAAAUCGGCAGAGGCCGGUUCCGCUCCCGCCGCCCAGCAACGUGCACCAGCCCAGCUCUUCACAGCAGAUCCAGCAGAGAAUUUCUGUCCCUCCCAGCCCCACAUAUCAACCCUCUGGUCCCCCCUUGUUCCCAGGAGGAGAGGGCAGGCCAGAACUGCCUUUGACUGUGGCAAUCAGACCUUUUCUCGCUGAUAAAGGAUCCAGACCUCAGUCUCCCAGAAAAGGGCCACAGACAGUGAACUCCAGUUCCAUCUACUCAGUGUAUCUUCAGCAAGCAACACCACCAAAGAAUUACCAACAAGCUGUGUACAAUACUUUAAAUAAGUCAGUAAAAGCAGUUUAUGGAAAGCCUGUAUUACAGUCUGGUUCAGCCUCUCCCUCACCCUUGCCAUUCCUUCAUGGCUCUUUGCCUGCCCAGUCUCCCUCACAGCCACAACCUCAGCCUCAGACUGAGGUCACUGAAAAAGAUCAAGAGUUGGAAAAUGCUCCACCACCCAGUGAAAACAGCAACGUGGAGAACAUUCCCCGUCCUCUCAGUCCUACUAAGCUCACCCCCAUUGUGCACUCGCCCCUGCGGUAUCAGAGCGAUGCUGACCUCGAGGCUCUGAGGAGGAAAUUGGCCAAUGCUCCCAGGCCAUUAAAGAAACGCAGCUCCAUCACCGAGCCAGAGGGCCCGAGUGGACCAAACAUACAAAAGUUAUUGUACCAGCGCUUUAAUACCCUGGCUGGAGGGAUAGAAAGUGCUCCUUUCUAUCAGCCAAGCAAUCCACAGGACUUCAUAGGCAACUUAGCUGACGUUGAUAAUGGGAACGCCAGCACCAAUGGCAAUAUUGAAGAACCAAUCCCCGUGCAACCUACAGUUCCUGUCCCUGAUGAACCUCCCCCUUCAUCAGAUGCCAAUGAUAAUGAGUUACCUUCUCCUGCUACCGAGGAGCUGAUAAGCACUGAAACCACAAAUCAAACACCUGAUACAACUGAAGACAACAACAACAAUCUUGCUAUAGUUCCUUCUACUGAGCAGUCACCCAGUCCCACACCAGAGAUCAGUACUCCAGUAGAAGAUGAAGCUCCUUUGCCACCUGCACUUCCUCCUCCACUUCCUGCAACAAAACGUACCAACUUAAAGAAACCCAACUCAGAAAGAACAGGCCAUGGUUUGAGAGUGAAGUUCAAUCCCUUGGCUCUCCUCCUUGAUGCUUCUUUGGAGGGCGAAUUUGAUCUGGUACAACGAAUCAUAUAUGAGGUUGAUGAUCCCAGUAAACCAAAUGAUGAAGGCAUUACACCUUUGCACAAUGCAGUGUGCGCUGGUCAUCACCACAUUGUGAAGUUCUUACUCGAUUUUGGUGUAAAUGUAAAUGCAGCAGAUAGUGAUGGGUGGACACCCUUGCAUUGUGCAGCUUCUUGCAAUAGUGUUCAUCUCUGUAAACUACUGGUUGAAUCUGGGGCAGCUAUUUUUGCUUCAACUAUAAGUGAUAUAGAAACUGCUGCGGACAAGUGUGAGGAGAUGGAAGAAGGUUAUAUUCAGUGCUCCCAGUUCUUGUAUGGAGUUCAGGAGAAGCUGGGAGUGAUGAAUAAAGGGGUGGUGUAUGCUCUGUGGGAUUAUGAAGCCCAGAACAAUGACGAGCUGUCAUUCCACGAGGGCGAUGCCAUCACUAUCCUGAGGCGCAAGGAUGACAAUGAAACGGAGUGGUGGUGGGCCCGCCUCAACGACAAGGAAGGCUAUGUGCCUAAAAACCUCCUCGGGUUAUAUCCACGAAUAAAACCUCGACAGCGAACCCUUGCUUGAAUUCAGUUGUACGACAAUGCAGUACCAUGCUGGUAACUGGAAACUUAGAACAUACACUGGAGCCAUCAUUUUUGAUCAUUUCACACAGAGAAAUAAAACUAUGAGACUUAGUUUUAAUGGUGCUUUCUCUUGUUCAAUGGACAGCAUCCACAAUUUCCAAGAUCUGCAGUUUGUGAGUGAGGAUCGUUUCUGUGUGACCCAGCACUGACGAGGAGAGCGAUACCUCCAGUACCGACAGUGUUGCGCCAACUCUCGUCCAACGCAGUGUUUUGAGUCAGAGUUCUGUGGUAGGAGCUUUCUUGUGUUCUGUGUUCAGAGGUGUCAUUUGCAGAGUGCAGAUGCGCUGUCCAGUUUGCUCCAACCCCCCACAGCAACUGUCCCAUGUCGGGAUUUUGGGUAUUUCUGUUCAAUACCAGUGAAUGUUGAGUUCUCAUUACCAAUCAACUCUUUGGGUUCUAGGACAUGAGAUCUUCACCUGUUACAUGCAUAAUUAAGUAGUUACCAAAGCUUGGUGAAGGCUAGGAUUUUAGGUGGCAACAUGCUAAAUACUUAAAUCCUAGUCUAGACAACCCCAAUGAAAGCUUUACCUAGUCUAGCAUCUUGCAUUAUUUGCAUUUAGAGUCAAGCUAGAGAACUAACAAAACCAACAGUAUUUGUACACUUCUCAAAGUCCCUACACAAUAUUUCACUUGGUGUUUUAUUUUCUUAUUAUUAUUCAGCCUACAGCACCGGUGUUACCUCUACGAAUGUAAAGGUUCCCCUACUAACCCCCCGAGCUCGUCCAGCCUGGACACAACAGUUAGUUCUGAAGUUGCAGCAGCUUAAGGGAUUUGUAUGUCUGCAGGGAUGAAAGUGCAAUAGUUGAAAAGGGUAAGAGUCUGGGUAAGGGUUAUACUGUGUCACCUGAAGUCUGCCUGAGUCAGUCUAGAAGAAAAUAUGAAGGACUGGAUAGAAGUAGAAAGAGGGUCAUGUAGAUGCCAAGUCGAGGAGAAGAAAGAAACAAGGUUUAGAGAAGGAUUUAAGAAAGGCAAUAGCUUAUUUGAGGACAGUUUCUGUGGUUCUUGGCAGCCUACAACUGCUGCCAAGGCAAGUUAUGCAAUAACCUGUUCCACUACAUUGUAGUUUCAAGCAAAAAAUAAAAACCCCACAAACAGGCACUUCACUGGAAUUUUAAUUGUACAUGAUUUUAUAUACCAAAAGUAUAUUUUGAAUUUCCCAUUAUAAGUUUUAGCCAUAUUUCUUGUAAUUUUCUCCCAUUUAACAGUAUGCAAUUUGAUUAACUCUUCAUGUACAAGUUCUGUGUAUAAUUUAUAUAUCCAUUUCUGCAGUGCUGUAACUUGCUUUUACCACAGGUCAGCAUUAACUGUAUAUAUUGUGGUGAAAAGUGAAAAGGGUAUUAUUGUUGAAGAAUUUGCUACAUGAAUGUGAUGAUUUCAAGAGCCUAUGAUACACUAAUUCAGAGAACAUGUAAAUGUGCACAAUAAAGUACUGCUAAGUCA